AUGAUGAAAGUCAAUUCAGUAGUGAAAGAGUUAUGUUCCUGUGAAUACUAUCCCAGAUAUCUUAAAUGUAUUGAUAUUUUACUCAAUCUUGGUGCAGACGUCAAUAUACAAGAUAAAGGCGGGAAAACAGUUUUAAUGUUGGCUUGUAUGAAAAAUGAUAGGAAAUUGGUAGAAAAACUAUUAAUACAUGGAGCUGAUGUUAAUAUUGUAGAUAACCAUGGUCGAUCUGCUCUACAAUACAUAGAUUUACCAAACAAUGUUUAUGAUUUAACAUGUUUUAAUUUACUUCUAUCUCAUGGUUGUAAACAAUCUUUUAAUCAGCCAUGUCUUAAUGGUAACACUAUUAUUCAAAAUGUACUCCAAUUCUCACCAUUAUGGCAAAUUGAUCAAACAGUCAAUAUCAUCAAAUUUCUUGUUUAUAAAAAUGUCAACCUUCAACUUUUAACCUCAGAUGAUGGAGAAAUCUCCUAUGGUCAGUUAUCUCUGGAGGAAUUUUCUUCACAAUCUAGGCAUGAAUUAAGGCAAAUUCUGUAUUUAAGUGGUGGCUCAUUUAUACAAAUUACACAAAUAUUACAUUUUGAAGAAGAAGAAAAUUAUGAAGCAUCAUUGCCAGAAACUUUAAGAGAAAAUCCGAGAGAAAAAUUCUAUCUUUUCGCUAACAAUCUGAGCCUUAAAGAAAUUUGUAGACGAGUUAUCAGACAAAAUACAGGUCUAACAAUUCAUGAUCGAAUUUCAGAACUUCUGAAUUUUCCAACCCUGACUGAUUUUCUGAUGUUUAAAGAUUUUGAUUCUGAACGAUUUUCACUGCAUGGCCAGUUAGAGUCUGUUAUUGAUAAUGAUUAUGAUGAUGAUUAUGAUUCCUAUGAUUUAAAUAAGGAGAAUGAUGAUGAUGAUUUGGUAUUACUAUCUAUAAAGUAUUUAUUUAAUGAUAUUGAUGAUAUUUAUUAUGAUGAUUAUGAGAAUGAUUAUUUGGUGUAUAAACAUUGUAAAUAUUUAAAUGAGGUACAAGCAGGUUUAAAAUAUUCAGAUUCAGAUUCAGAUUAA